AUGAAUACGCUUAAUGCCUUAUUUAAGCCCGUUCACACCCUCCCCCAAUCAAUUACGGCACCGGCCGCUUCCUGCUUCUCCUCCGUCGCCAUGUUGGAGAACUGCUCGGCGCUGGAUCCUUGGCAGUACCGCUCCGACUCGGCCUGGAUCAGCCAGGCCUUCGCCAGCGAGAACCAGGCCGUCACCCGAGCCCUGCAGAUCUCCCUCUCUGACAACUCCUCCUCCGACGCCGCCUCUCCGUCGUCCGCCGCCACGUCCUCCGCCUCCCCCUUCCUGCUCCACCACCGCCAGCAUAGCCACACUCCCGACGCAUACCCCCUCCGGCUGCUCGGCCACUCCCCUUCUGGCCGCAUCUCCAAGCGGAGGUCGCGCGCGCCCAAUCGCUCGCCCACCACCUACAUCAACGCCGACCCGACCAAUUUCAGGGAGAUGGUGCAGCGGGUCACUGGCUUCCAGGUCGACCGCGGGAUGCUGGCUGCCGAGCCGAUGGUGAAGUCGGAGCCGGAGCUAGCAGCGGUGGGCGACCGCGCCGCUCUGCGACAGGUCUGCCAGUCCACCCUCGAUACCUCGGCGCCGUUGCUGGACUGCGUCGCGGAUGAUGGCGUGUCCGUCGUUUUGUCUGACCAUAUCCCGAAUUUCGACCUUGACGGACUAGAUAUGCCGGCCUUCCCGACCUUGGAGUCGUGGGACGCCAUGUGA